GCCCCGCUCCCCCGGCCGGAGGUGGAGCCUCCCCGCGCCGCCCCCGCCCCUGGCGCGGCCUGGGCGCUACGCGAGCGCGGGGAUCGGCCGCGGCCUGCGGGCCGCCAUGGCCGCCGAGGUGAAAUCCAAGCUGUCCAAGAACCUGCUGCGCAUGAAGUUCAUGCAAAGGGGUUUGGAUUCACAAACUAAAAAACAACUAGAAGAGGAAGAAAAGAAGAUAAUUAGUGAAGAACACUGGUAUCUUGAUGUACCAGAUCUAAAGGAAAAAGAGAGCUGUAUAAUAGAAGAGAGAAGCUUUGUGCGGUGUGAGGAUCUGGUUUAUGGCAGAAUGUCCUUCAAAGGAUUCAAUCCAGAAGUCGAGAAGUUAAUGAUCCAAAUGAACUCCAAGUGCAAGGAAGAAGAAAUUGAAGAGGAUGAUAAAAUGGAGGCUGAUGUGUCAGAUGAAGAAAUGGCCAGAAGGUACGAAACAUUAGUGGGAACAAUAGGGAAGAAAUUUUUGAGAAAGAGAGACCAACGUGUACUCAAGGAUGAUGAUGAUGAUGAUGAAGAUGGUGAAGUUGAUGAAGACAGGAAUAGUAACAUAAUACCUAGGAAAAAAGCUAAGAAAAUGUUCUUAAAACCUCAGGAUUAAUGUAAACUGCACAAGUGGAACCAAUAGAAAUGUUACCUAAUGCCUGCCAAACACGAACUGGAGAUUGUUUGGAGAUUUUGCUAUUUAAUGUAAAGGGUGGAUUUGUAAACCUGUUCUGUUCUCACUGAAAUUUCAGCCAUCCACAACAGACAUUUUUCGAAGUGGAUGUGUCACAGUGGAUGUUAUACAUCCUUUCCUCCCUCAGCAGCUUUUAAUGUGUGGGGCACUAAUCCCACCAGUCUCUUUUAAAUGUUGUGCAUAACCACAUCAGGUACCUCAUGCAAUGGAGAGCAAUGUUAUUUACAAUUUAGGAUAACAUCUGAAAGAACUAUUCAAAGUAAAGAUGAGCUGUGUCCAAUUCAGCAAGGCAGUUCAGUUUCCACUGCUUUCUUUAUAAUGAAAAUGAAAACCUUUACUGUCAUCAAAUUGAAAAACGUCAGCAGAAACAUGGGGUUCUUGUGAUUUUUUUUUUUUUAACUGUGCUAAAAAUAAUAUGGGAAAAGAACAGAGAGAUAAAAUCCACCUUACUGAAUUUUAUUUUUUAUAAAGUUUAUUUAAAAAUAGAGGAUUUUGUAGUGCAACUUUUUUUUAUAGAGCAAGCCAAAUAUUGGGCAACGUUUACGAUUUGACAUUUGAGCAGAUUGUGAGUCUUAGUUUCUGUCUUCCAAAAGAAGUUUGCUAAUCUUGCCUCUUUUUCAGCAAAAAAAAAUCCAAUCUUAUAAUUAUCCAAGUCUUGUCGUAAAAGCAUAAUAACGGCUUCAGAAACAUUCCUGAGAGCUGAAUAAAAACUGUGGGGUUUUGUGCCUAA